UCAAACAGUUUAUAUUGAAAACGUAGAAAAAUGAGUGAGUUUGAGAAAGAUGCUCCAAUGGCGGUGAGUCCAAUGUCGAGUUACCUCAACACCUCUGCCUUGAACGUAUUUAUAAUAGUCGUUUUUGAGUUGGAGAUUCCAAUUGAUGAAUCAAAGAUCAUGCAAGUGCUUAAAGACGUGUUUGUUCCCCUCAACAAACGUUUCUCUUCUAUCAUGAUUGAAGACAAAAAAGGAAAGAAGCAAUGGAAACAAGUUGAUGUGAAUCUAAAAGAACACAUCAAGAGUCCAAUAUUUGCAAAGAAGGGUCUGAAAUUCUAUGAUGAAGAAUUUGAUGAAUACAUGUCAAAUAUAGGAGGUGAAAAGUUAGCACAAGAUAAACCACUUUGGGAAGUGCAUUUAAUUAAGUAUCCAACAAGAAAAAACAAUGCUGCGGGUACAUCGGUAGUUAAGUUACACCAUUCCUUAGGAGAUGGCUACACCCUAAUGGGGUCAUUGCUUUCAUGUGUCAAAAGAGUUGAUGAUCCUUCAAUUCCCAUAACCUUUCCUUCAAGCCAUGCAACAACUUCAUCUAUUAAGAGAUUACCUGAAUCCAUCUUUUCAAUGUUUAAAAGUGCAUCUGAUUUUGGAUGGAACAUAUUAAGAGGUUCAAAUUUCAUUGUUGAUGAUCAAUCACCAAUAAGGCCAGAGAAUAAGGAAUUCAAACAUGGUUUUGGUAUCUCAAAUAUCUCUCUCUCUUUGGAUAGCUUUAAAGUGGUCAAAAAUAAGCUCAAAGUGACCACAAAUGAUACCCUAGUGGGCAUGAUCUUCCUGGGCAUAAGGUUAUACAUGGAAGCAAAGAGUUAUGAAUCAAGAAAAGCAAAAACAACAGCAUUAGUGUUGGUUAAUACAAGAAAAAUUAGAGCUUACAAAUCAGUGGGGGAGAUGCUUCAAACUAAUUCAGAGUCUUCAUGGGGGAAUCAAUUUCAUUACCUGCACCUUCCCAUACCCGAAUUAAGCGAUGCCAAUACAUCCAACCCACUUGACUUUGUUUUGGAGGCCCAUAAAAUCAUUAGUGGGCUCAGAAUUUCUUUGGCGCUACCUUUUAGUAGUGUGUUUUUGGGCUUGCUGGAUAAAAUCAAAGGCCCAGAGGCUGCAGCAAAGCAUGUGUACAAGACAAUAGAAAAUUCAAGUGUUAGCAUCUCAAAUGUGGUUGGACCUGUGGAACAAGUGGCUUUUGCUAAUCAUCCCAUCAAAGGAUUUUAUUUUAUGUCAAUUGGUAUACCUCAGAGCGUGCUGGUAACAAUAUUAAGUUACAUGGGGAACUUACACAUUGCAUUUGGAGUGGAGAAAGGAGUCAUAGAUGAACACCAACUGCUUUCAUGUUUUGAAACUGCUAAGGAGAUGAUUUUCAAUGCAGCAAAUAAAACAUGAUUUUGUUUUACAUUAUGCUCUCUUAUUGUAUGACAGUAUGAGUCUUUGUUGCUCUAUAUGCUCUCUCAUUGUAUGAGUCUACUGUUAUUUUACAAUAAAAUAAUGAGAAAAACUUUAGUUUAGUCUUUGAAAGAUGUAUGUUACAUUUUAUUUAUUGGCUAAUUAAAUCAUUACAAUUUAGUGUUUCUUUUUUUUUUUCAAAGAUUCGACUUAUAACUUGGCAAAUCAUUACAAUUUAGUGUUUGGAAUAUCUCACGUUAUAGCAAUUUAACCCACUGUAAAUCGUUUUUGUUGUUUUAGAUAUCCCAUGAAAAAGCAUAAGAGAAGAAUGUAAAAAACAGAUGUCUAUCUAUUUAUCACGUCUUUUGUUGUUUUAGAUAUCCGUUUAGCUGCAAUCGUAUCACCCAAGCUUAUAUCAUUAUUUUUGUAAAAUGUCAAUGUAGAUUGCUCUGAUUCCACUCUAUAAACUAAAGCAAAUCAAUUAAAGAUGGUUUCAACCUAAUUUACCCGAGAGACUGAAAGAAAAAUCACAUUAAAAGGCUUAGGUUUGCACAAAUGGUUUUCAUAAAUCAUUGUCAAUGGCUGGCAUUUUGUUCUGACAAAAUUACCUUCUUCUUGCUUGUACCUUCCUAGGUUACUCAUUGAUUUAAAUGUCUAAAUCAUCCUAUAACUCUUUCUGGCAUAAAGACUUGUGAUCCUGACAAUAUAUAUAUAUAUAUAUAUAAGAGCAAUCAUAAUGAGUGGGUAAUCUGAAGUAAGAAAAUUUUAUCAAAAGCCUAGAAAAAACAAGAGAUUAAAGCAUAAUGGAGCAGCAAAGAACACAGCACAGAUAUUUGGGACAAAACUUAAAUAGUAUUAAUAAAAACAAUUUAAAACAAAAAAUGUCUCAACCUUUCUCAGCACGGCUUUUCCUCAAACAAAAACAUAGACUGCAAAAUUAUAAGAGUUAACCAUGGCAGGAAACUAACAAGUCUA